GCAAUCCCAGACCGCACAGAUCUUCUCUGACGAAAGCUGAAAAUGGGAUUAGGCUUGUUAGCCUCAAUAACACUGAGGAACAAUAAAGCUUAUCUCUAGCACCACUAGAAUCCUCUCUUCCUAGAACCCCAUUGCCGUUCGAUCGUCACCAAACUGGAGCUUCAAUCCUCCGAUGCAUCCGCAGCUGCAGCUCAGCCGGAACCUACUCCUUUUUGGUGCUAGGUUGUUUGAGAGGAAGGACAAGGAUACAAUUUUCUCCGAUGUUGAGGCCAUUGCAAAGUAUGGGAAGGUUACCAGACCCGAUUGGAAUGAAUUCAAUGUUUUGCUUCUUAGUGCUCGCCCAGGCUGCAGCCCUUGACCUUGGACUUCCACCAGUGUCUGGCAAGGGAGUAGAAUCAGAAAAGUUCUUGUAUUUAAUGGGUGCUGAUGAUGUAAAUUUGGACAAGAUUUCAGAAGAUGCCUUCGUUGUUUAUCAGGGUCACCAUAGGACUGUGGUGUGCACCGUGCCAAUGAUGAGGGCAGUUGCACCAAAACUAGUGCACAUGGAUGAGAGAGAGCCAGCCGCAAUUGGCCCUGCACUGAGUCCUGAGUUUACUCACAAGAUGAGCUUGGCUCCAUUCAGAUCUGCAUUUGAGAAUUCUAUGUGACUGAUUCCAUUACCUGGGCAUAAAAAAUAAUGGCACAAUGCAGUGCGAUUCUACUGAAAGAGUGAGUGGUGGAUUUGAUCUUCUAAUAAAAG